AUGUGGCGGCGCACCUAUCUAUUCCUAGUCCUUGUGCGACUCUACUUUGCUCUAUCGCCUAGCUAUCUGCACCCUGACGAAAAUUUCCAAGGCCCCGAGGUCAUCGCCGGCAAGUCGCAUUCCUGUCCAGCCCCGGAAACCGUCUACGGCAACUGGCGCUUGAGUCAGAUUUUCAGCUAUCCAGUUCGGCACACAUGGGAAUUUACGAACGAGCGACCGAUCCGAAGCGUUUUUCCGUUAUGGCCGGUGUACGGCCUCCCGAUGCUGUUGCUAAGGUGGUUGUGGACCGGAAAUGGACAUGACGGAGAUAUUCCUCCGAUAGCCGUCUUCUGGGCGCUUCGAGUGUUGAUGUUUGUUCUCAGCUUUGUGCUUGAGGACUGGGCUAUACACGAGCUUAUUCCUUCACCGAGGCAAAGGAGGACGGCUGUCAUGCUCGUUGCUUCGUCAUACGUAACUUGGACGUACCAGACACAUACAUUCUCUAACGCGAUUGAGACCCUGGCUGUCGCGUGGAGCUUGGUACUCAUUGAGCGCAUAAUCGCAAGUCCACCGCAACGCGACUCACUUAUGGCCUCUGUGGUGCUUGGUAUCAUCUGCGUGUUUGGUGUGUUCAACAGAAUCACAUUUCCUGCGUUUUUGUUGGUACCUGGGAUUCGCCUUGUACCAUAUUUCCAACAAAGGCCUUUAUCAUUUGCAGUACUUGUCCUGUCGGGACUUGUCACUGCAUUGGUAGCAGUAAUCAUCGACACUGCAUUCUACACCCGACAGGUUUCGUGGACAGACAUCGUCUCUAAUCCUGUCAUCACACCCCUCAACAACCUCUUAUACAAUAUUUCGACUGAGAACCUAGCGCAGCAUGGACUCCAUCCAUGGUAUCAACACAUGCUGGCCAACUUACCUCUCCUUAUUGGCCCUGGAGCUCUUUUGCUGGUGCUCAAUGCUAGGUUCACACAACGACUUUACUCGGCUCUCUCGGGAAUUUUCGUGCUCUCUAUAUUUCAACACCAAGAAGCAAGGUUUCUCUUACCCACGGUGCCCCUGAUACUGUCAUCAGUGCGCCUCCCAAAGAACCCAACCAUGCGACAGUUGUGGGUGACUUCAUGGAUAAUAUUUAACGUUGCACUAGGCAUCCUAAUGGGCGUCUACCAUCAGGGUGGGAUUAUCCCAGGACAGGUCUUUUUGAGCAAGCAGCCGGAUGUCACGCAAGCAAUCUGGUGGAAAACAUAUACGCCACCAAUUUGGUUGUUGAACGGCAAAAACGAAGUCCUCGAGACCAAGGAUGUCAUGGGCAUGAAGGGUGAGGAUGUCUACGCUCAACUGGAGCAGCUGGCGACAUGCGACACACCGGCGGACAGGAGAAGUUUAGAGUACCUGAAGGAGAAAAACGGCACUUAUUUGAUCGCGCCACUUUCGACCACAUGGCUAGACCAAUAUUUGCCCAACAAGGGGCUCGAGGGGUUGAGGUUCCGGGAGGUGUGGCGUCAUAGACAACACUUCAACCUGGAUGAUCUCGACUGGGCAGAGGACGGAGUGUGGGGGACACUUAGUCGCUUAAUUGGGAGACGAGGAUUGGCAGCUUGGAGGAUAACCAAGAGUUGUCCAGGUCAAAAGAGGCCGUGA